AUGAUGUCCGCCGCCAUCGACGAACCAACCCCUUUCGCCCAACUCACCCGCAACAAUGCGCCCUAUAACCUGUCAUUAGCCACUUCGGCAUCUUCCUCCUCCUCCUCCUCCUUCUGGUCCGAUGUGUCUUCGCAGCACUCGGACGACUCGAUCUCGACCGCCCCGACAUCCUACUCCGACUCUUGCGAUUCAUUUUACUUCUCUCAACCUCUGGCCUCCUCGCAAACCUCAGUCAGCUCUCUCGGCAGCUCUUGCGAACCGGUCGUCAAGCUGCAUGACCCCUGGGUAAAACCCCAGCUCCAAUCUCAGAACGAAGCCGACCCUACCAAGCUCCGUCAGAACCCUCGGCGCACCGGCACCUCGGCGACUUCGCGCACCGGACGCCCGCCUUCUCUUGUGCGGCAGUCCGAUCGCAAGCUCAGCUUCGUCGAGAACCUCGUUGAUACAUCGACCCAUGUUGUGGAAGCGAUCUGGCCCACCUCGUCGGUGCCUCCGCGCCCUGACAGCGGAAACAAGGCAGUGCUGCCACUUCGCACCUUCAUCCAGGAGACGCUGCGCCGCUCGCGGACCAGCUAUUCCACCUUGCAGGUUGCUCUCUACUACCUGGUUUUGAUUAAGUCGCAUGUUCCGUCUUACGAUUUCACCACGGAGCAGCCCGACGACUGCCGCUCUAGCCAGGCGAUCCAAUGCGGGCGUCGCAUGUUCCUCGCAGCCCUCAUCCUCGCAUCCAAGUAUCUCCAGGAUCGCAAUUAUUCAGCUCGCGCAUGGAGUAAGAUCUCUGGCCUUGACACUCUGGAAAUUAACCAGAACGAGAUGGCUUUCCUCCUUGCCGUCAACUGGAAGCUCCACGUUACCGAGGAGACUUACAAGCGCUGGGCCGACUGCGUGUCCAAGUUCACGCCGACCCAGCCUCCUUCCCCCGGGGGGGCUGCCCAGCUGGUAUACGAGAGACAAUGCGAUGACUUCCGGCGCAUCAUCCUGAACGUAUCUCCAGAGCUCGACAACCUGGCUGAGCUGACCACUUGGUCGCCUGUUAUGACGCCCACUCAAGACCUCCCCCCGCGGUCCCUUUAUACGCCUCCCGCGGAACCUACUGUCGCAUUUGCUUCCGAUGGUGAGCUUCGCUCAGCCUCGAAGUUCCGUGGUAUCCCUACCAUCAUGGAGCCCGUUCCGUCGAUGGCGUAUGUGCCCGGCCGCUUGGUUCCGGCUCUCGGCCUCCUCCCCACACCGCGCUUGACCCCCCAGGCUAGCGGACUCGGUACUCCUGCAGCGAGUGCCGCGUCUUCUCUUCUCGGGAGAAGCUCGUCGAUGGGCUUUGCCAUGGCUCAAGUGUCCACUUCGGCACAGGCCACUGAUCGGUGGCCGCCCUCGGCAACGUCAUCCCCGAUGAGCUACGUGACUCGUCGUUCCUCGCUCGCCAACUCGGUCUCGACCGCAUCCUCGCCCGAGUCAAUGGUCUCGGAUUCGUCCAGGCUCUCACGCUCCUCCUCGAUCUCUUCGGCUUCCUCCGCCACCGCGCCGUCGUCCAAGUUGGACGUUCAGGCGCGAUACCGGUCUGCGAAGCUGUGCAGUGAGAGGGUGAGCUUGCGGCCAACCAUCGCAUCGGUCCCCGAGGACCACGAGGCUUUCAUGACAUCAUCACCCGAAUCCUAUGCUGUCCCAGCCGGAAAGGAGUUCAGCGAGAUGUCUUUGGAGACGCCUCUGGGCCGUCGGGAACGCGAGAUGGACGAUGCCGCACGCGCUCUUCAGGAGCUUCAGCGCUCUGGCGCUACCCGACCGACGAUGCCAGCGAGGGCUGGAUCCAAGCGGGGUAGGGCUAACUCGGUCCAUGACGACGUUCGCGAAAUGCUCGCCGGCCAGCAGAACGAUCUUUCCUGGCCCGAGUCCAUGGUUCGCGCACAGGUGCCCGUCCGACGAGGCAGUUACAAGCGUGUCUGUUGCUCGACCGAAGCUGCGCGGGCGCCCAGGUUCUCUGCACUUCACCCAGCCGUUGGAGGAUUUGGCGGCCCGGGGAUGUGGGAGGGGAUUCUCAAUUAA